CUUUAAGGCGCGGUGACCCCACGGCAUCCUCGGCGGGGCGGGGACAGUGCGGGCACCACCAGCUGAGGCGAAUGCGAGGGAGGUAGUGCGCGGCGUCUGGCCCCACCAUGCUGACAAGGCUCGCCCCGCCAGCCCUGCCUGGGCUCCCGAGGCGGCUGCCCGCGGUCCCCGCGCGGCGCCAGGACUCCUCCGGUUCGUCAGGCUCCUACCACACGGCUCCGGGCUCUCCAGAGCCCCGGGACGUUGGACCGGACGCAGAAGGCCGAGCAGAUUGGCCCUGGGUGGCCCCUGGGCGGGGGGCGGGUGCGCAGCCUCGCCUGUCCGUCAGCGCCCAGAAUAGCCGCCAGCAGCACUGGCCCGGCUCGGGUUUCCCGCGAGGCUCGGGCUCCGGCCCGCGGCCACCACCCCAGCCGCAGCUGCGCACGCUGCCGUCGGGGGAGAUGGAAGUCAUUUUCAGCGCCGGCCCCCUGUUCAGCCGCUCCGACGCGGAGGAUCGCAAUGUGCAACAGCUCACGGCGCCGGCCUUCGGCAGCCCUUCGCCGCCGGGGCCAGCGCCUUCCGCCCGCGUCCUCCCGAAGCCCCAGGAUCCCGACGGUGGCUCCCGUUGGGCCACCUACCUGGAGCUGCGGCCCCGCAGGCCGAGUCCUGCUGCCCCAGCUCAGUUCGAGUGUGUGGAGGUGGCGCUGGAGGAAAGCACCGCACCCUCCAGGCCCCGGACGGUGCCUAAGCGUCAGAUCGAGCUGCGCCCCCGGCCCCGCAGUCCCCCUCAGGUGGCUUCCGGGCCGUGUCCCCGACUGCUUCUGCGCACCGGGUCCUUGGACGAGUCUCUGGGCCGCCUGCAGGCCGCCGCGAGCCUCGUGCAGACGGCGCUGGCCAGGAAACUGAGCCCAGCGGCCCCGGCCCCAAACAACGCCACCCUCGGGCCCACCCGGCGGCCGGAACCCGCGAGACGGGAAACGGCCCCCAGCACCCGCGUGGUCCUGGAGGAGGCUAGGCCUUGGCCACCCCGCGUACAAGAUAGUUCGGCCCCCGCUAGAGCCCCACGGCCGUGGCCCAGCCUCCGCGAACGCGCGAUUCGGCGCGACAAGCCCGCACCCGGGAUCGAGCCACUGGGUCCUGUUAGUUCCAGCAUCUUCCUGCAGUCAGAGGAGAAGAUCCAGGAGGCGCGCAACCAGGAACCCAAGGCUCGGUUCCCGCGAGAGACUACGAGUAAAACAAUCCAUGGGGUACGGAGUCCACCUUUCGAGUAUAGGGCUCCCUGGGAGGUUCCUAGUAGGCCUGUGAGGCCGAGGAUCCCAUCCCCGCCGUGGCAGGCUCCAAAUGGGGCCGUGCGGGGUCCUCGCUGCCCGUCACCCCAGAACCUGUCCCCGUGGGAUCGGACUAAUAGGAGGGUGAGUAGCCCGUCGUUCCCUGAAGCAUGCUCCGCGUGGGAAAAUCGGAAUACCGCCGUCGAGGAAACUGUCAGCAGGAGGAACCCUUCCCCUCCAGCUCUUCCCCAGUGGAAUCAGGGUAUUGCCAGGGCAAGGAGCCCAUCCCCCGAAGCUCCUUCCCCGUCGGAGGUUCCGCAUCCGGCAGUCGGGAAUGCAGAAGAGCCGGGUAGGAGCCAGUCCCCGCAGGCCUUGUUCCCAUGGGAGGCUCCAGAUCGUCCUGUUGGAACGUGGAGCCCAUCGCCCCAAGAGACGUGGGAUCCCAUGGUGCCGGACUCAUCCACAGCAUUUACGCGGGAAGCUCUGAAUGGCGUCGUUCAGGAGGAGUUGGCGCCGCCUACACCACCCGCACUCGAGACUCCAGAACUAACAGAGGUGCAGAGUCCACCCACGGGGGAGGUUUCAGAUCUUGCCUUCCGAGGCAGUCAGCCGUCGCCAGAGGUGGCUGCACCCGAGCCUUCCCGCAGUCACCUCAUGGGCAGCCUGGACUCCGAUGCGCGUGCAGAAGCCUUGAGCUCUGGAGAAGCGGCCCCGGGACGCCCGCGCGUGGCCAUUCCGCGGCCCCGAGAUGUGCGCAAGAUAGUGAAGACCACAUACGCGCCCAGUUUCCCGGCGGAAACCCUCGGCUCUGGGGUGCCUGCACCUCUUGCUGACACCUGCGGGAAGGAGGGCGGCGCCCCCAAGACGCAAGAGCUUCAGGCGCUGGGGUCCCCCGCCUCGGCUCACUACACUUCCGUUUUUAUCAAGGACUUUCUUCCGGUCGUGCCGCACCCCUAUGAGCCCCCAGAGCCGUGCCUCGACACAGUCCCCCGGGAUGCCUCGCAGCCCAACGGGACCCUGCGGCGGAGGGCAGAGAACAGCACGGCGAAACCCUUCGCGCGCACAGAGAUCCGCCUACCUGGUGCCCUGGCCUUGGUCCGACGGCCCGAGAGGACCCCGGGAGUCCGAGUGCGCGGUCCUAUCGGAGAGAACCGGGAUGCGGGGGCCCAGCGUCUCGUCCCCGACGGCGAGGGUCGGACCAGCCCUCUAGGCGGCGCUCGCACCUCACCCCAGCCGUCCCCCAUAGGGCCAGCAGGGGCCCGACCGCCCCGCCCCAGCUCCCCUCAGGCGCACCCCAACUCAAGCCCUGGGAUAGCACCCAAACUGGAGACACGCCCUGCGGCCCCCGAGCCCGCGCCUGCCGUCCAGGCGCCCCUCCCGCGGGAGCCCCAGGUGUCGGCCGGCAGGACGACCCCUGCCCAGCCCCGCGCUGCCUCGGCGCCUCCCACCGACCGGUCCCCGCAAGGCCCCUCCCAGGGGGUGCGCAGACCGCCCGCGGCCGCGCACCCGGGGAAGGUCCUGGUGGACCCAGAGAGCGGCCGCUACUACUUUGUGGAGGUGCCGCGGCAGCCUCGGCUGCGGCUGCUCUUCGACCCAGAGAGCGGGCAGUACGUGGAGGUGCUGCUGCCGCCCUCGUCCCCGGGGCCGCCCCGCCGCAUCUACACCCCGCUGGCCCUGGGGCCCGGCCUCUACCCGCCCGCCUAUGGGCCUAUCGCUGGCCUCUCACUGCCGCCGUCCCCAGGCCCUCCGGCCCUCGGCAGCCCCCAGCUACCUUGGGCCACUGAGGCAGGGCCCUUGGACGGGAUGUACUACCUGCCGGUGAGCGGGACCCCCAGCCCGGCACCUCCUCUGCUCCUCUGUGCCCCUCCCUCCAGCUCAGGUCCCGCCCAGCCGGGCAAGGGCUCCCUGUUCCCGUUGUGAGGCCCUAGGAACUAAUCCCCACGGAGUUGAGGCCUGUUGAUGGCCUUGGAGGUUAUGGCAUCUAGUCCCCUGCCCUCCUUUCC